AUGUUAUCAGAAAAGGCCCGAAAAUUUAUCGAAGAAAAUGUGAAACUAAUGAAGCCAAAUGCAGUGCAUAUUUGUGACGGUUCAAAAGAGGAAGCUGAUGAUCUUAUUUGUCAAAUGGUCGGCAACGGAAUGUUGAAGCAACUAAAAGCUUACGAAAAUAACUAUAUAUGUAGGACAGAUCCAAGGGAUGUAGCUCGCGUAGAAAGUAAAACCUGGAUGAUUACGCCUGAAAAAUUUGACUCAGUAUGCCGUACAGCUGAGGGUGUGAAACCGAUAAUGGGUAAUUGGAUGUCACCGGAUCAGUUCGAAAAAGAGAAACAUUCACGGUUUCCCGGAUGCAUGAACGGUCGGACAAUGUAUGUAAUUCCGUUCUCGAUGGGCCCAGUUGGUGGACCAAUUUCAAAAAUUGGAAUUCAGGUUACUGUUUUUUUGAAAAUUUUCUUAAUUAUUUUUUCCUCAAAAAUGAUUCUUUUUUUCUUGUAA